UCAUCAUAUGUGAAUAUGAAACGACAACAUAUCAUUGCUUUAAUAUUUUUGUGUUGUAAUGUUCAGACUGCAAGCGGACAGCAGAUGGCAGUAGCACGACCGUGUUUCUAUUUUACUCACACUAGUGACAUGAAGAAGUGGCCGCUCUGCAAGUAUUUAGGAAAGCGUCAUUCAUGGUAGUUCCAGAUUUUGUCACCAUAGUCACGUAGAAUAUUAAUUUAUUUCAGCAAUUUGAUGGUCUGCUGCGUUUUAUUCACUCAAUAUGUCCAGUUUCUACCUAUUUAACCAGAGCUGGUCACAUGACCGACUAUGCCUUUCUUCUCUUUGAAAAUCAAUGGGGAAGACGUUUGUAAACCUACAGAGCACCAACAUUAUAAAGCCGCGGUUUGAGUCCAUCGUGUCUGAGCUGAUCCUGGUCAAAAAUGAAGCUCAGCACGCCAUCAAUCACCUGAAGAAGUGGAUGCAGCCGCAGCACAUGGAGAAGAACCUGUCCACCACGCUGGAUCAGUGUCUGGUGGUCAGUGAGCCCUUAGGAGUGGUCUUCAUCAUGGGGACGUGGUGCAGCCCGGUCCAAAUGUGCCUGGUCCCGCUGGUGGGGGCCAUCGCAGCAGGUAACUGUGCCAUCAUCAGACCGUCGGACACUGCAGCCAACACGGCUCAACUGCUCCAUCGUCUCGUCCCUCACUACCUGGACAAUGAUUGCUACUACGUGAUCCUCACAGCCGCGCAUGACUUGCCUGAGAUUGUGGAGCUCAGGUUUGAUCACGUCUUCUUCUCAGGUAAGGUUGACCAUGUCUGCCUGUGCAGUCACCUGAUGUGGCGGGAAUGUCCAGGCAACAAAGAGGAGGGACUGAAGAUCGCUCAGGCUGCCGCUCACACGCUCACCUCCGUCACCCUGAUUCUGGGAGGAAAGAACCCCUGCUACGUGGACCAGAGCUGCGACAUUGUGACGACGGCCCAGCGCAUCUCCUGGGCCCGCUUCCACAACGCCGGCCAGAGUUUGGUGGCACCGGAUUACAUCCUCUGCCACGCAGAUGUGCAGACUCGGCUGAUUCAGGCCAUCAAGUGCUGCAUUAUGCAGUUCUAUGGUACAGAUCCCAGAGAGUCCCGCAGCUUUGGCCGCAUGGUAAACUUGGAAGCAUUUACCCGCAUCAGAGAUGUGCUGUGGAGAUCAGGGAAGGUGUCAGUGGGAGGACAGGUGUUGGAAGCAGAGAGAUAUGUUGCACCCACAGUUGUGUCUGAGGUUACGGGAUCAGAUCCCAUCAUGCAACAGGAUGUUCUGGGCCCUGUACUUCCUGUUCUAACAGUGCACAGCGUCGAUGAAGCCAUCAGCUUCAUCAACAAGCAGGAGAAACCUCUCUGCGUCUACGUCUACUCCAGCAACAGCAAGGUCAUUUCCAGAGUGAUGGCCGAAACUUCAAGUGGAGGUUUCUGUUCCAAUGACAGUGUCCUGCAAAGUCUGAUGUCGUCUCUGCCUUUUGGCGGAGUGGGAACCAGUGGGAUGGGGUCCAUCCACGGCCGCGCCAGCUUUGACACCUUCUCUCACCGGAAAUCCUGCCUUUUACGGAGCGGCCCGUUUGAGUGUGUCACCUAUCUGCGCUAUCCUCCGUACGACGAGCGCAACCUGUCUCUGCUGACAUGGGCCAGCUCGCUGUCGCAGAGGAGCCAGGGCUGGUGCCAGAUCCUCUGACUCUCUCAAGGAUGGUCAUGGAAGAAGUCACACUGUGUCUUUGUUGAAGAAUGAAAUUAAACUGCUCCA